UUGUACGUCAGCACAAGAGUGCCAACAUGGCGUUCACACUGUACGCACUGAUUCAGACAGCGAUAUUAUUCACAAAUGCCAUCGCUGUUCUUCACGAAGAGAGGUUUCUCAGCAAAAUUGGCUGGGGAGCAGAGCAAGGUGUUGGAGGAUUUGGAGAUGAACCCGGGAUUAAAGCACAACUUUUGAACCUUAUUCGCUCCGUCAGGACGGUCAUGAGAGUUCCUCUGAUAGCCGUAAAUUCAGUGUGUAUCGUCCUUCUGUUAUUGUUUGGAUGAAGAAAGAAUGAAUUGCGGUGGAUCAAGAUCUAAUGUGGAACAGUGAAUGUGGCGAAGGAAAAUGGAUUUUUUAUUUUUAUUUUUUUUUUGUAUCUGUGGUUGUAAAUGUUGCUCUCCAAUGUCUCAAAAUUGUACCCGAAUGAAUUACUGUAAAUACUCUGGUAGUUUUUUAUGACUGAAAUACCAGUAAAUAUUUUCCUUUUCAUGCUUUUGUAGCUUUACAAAAGCUCCUGUGCGUUUACAUAUUGUUUUUGUCACAUCCAGGUUCUAGUAAAGUGUCAGUUGCUCAGGCAUAACUUAUUUCUUACAAAGAGCAACAGUAAAAUCAGUCAGCUUUGCUGAAAAGCCAUACUGUUGUUUUGUUUUUCCACUUUUUUUUUUUUUUUGCAUUUUCUUAAAUGUCAAAUUUCCAAAGUGAAUUUCCUAGCUUCUCAGUUUUAAAGACUGCUUGGAAAUUUAAAUCUGGGUUUAAUAUAUUUAAAGGCAUAUGGGUAAAAUCUCUGCAUUUUAAUAAAGAUGUGCUGAAGUUGUAAUAUUGUUAAUAGAACGAUCUAUUUAAUUUUUUGGGGGAAAUAGGUUCCUUUCACUUUUGGUUUUACUGUUUUUAAACCUAUUCAGCCAAUUGUUGUGUCUGGCUGGAGCAUUUUUAGCUUAGCUUAGCCCAAAUCAUUGAAUUGAAUUAGACCGUUAGCAUCUCUCUCUCUCUCUCUCUC